AUGGGGGUGAGGAUGAUGAGGUGGCGGCCGUGGCCGCCCCCGGCGGCGUCGAGGAAGUACGAGGUGAGGCUGGUGGUGAGGAGGCUGGAAGGGUGCGAUCCGCCGGGGGCGGGGGCGCGGGCGGGGGAGGGGGAGGGGAAGGGAGGGGGGAGGGUGGCGGUGGAGAUCCGGUGGAAGGGGUCGAGGGGGGCGGGGGCGGCGGCGCUGAUGAGGCGGGUGGCCGUGAGGAGGAACUACACGAGGGAGGAGCGGGUGGGGGAGGGCGGCGUCGUCGAGUGGGGCGGCGAGGCGGAGGAGGGGGAGGAGGAGGAGUUCGCGGCGCUGUGCAGCCUCUCGGCGCACAGGGACCGCGCGUUUCAUCCCUGGGAGGUCGCUUUCACCGUCUUCAACGCAAUUGAUCAGCCCACAAAAAAAAAAGUUCGGGUUGUCGGAGAAGCAUCAUUGAACCUCGCCGAAUUUGCUUGCGUGUCUGGGCAGAAAGAAUUCGAGCUGAGUGUCCCUCUGAUUACUCCUGAUGGUGCUGCAAAUUCGUCCUUAUCGCUUUGUAUUGUACUCAGCUUAGUAGAACUACGCACUACCCAGGAAACAACAACUGACACAGUGCGGUCACGAAUUACACCUGUUGCAUCUCCACCGCAGUCGGCUGAAGCUGUUUCAGCGGGAAAAGAUGAGCUUUCUGCUCUUAAAGCUGGUUUGAAAAAAGUAAAGAUCUUCACCGAGUAUGUUUCCGCCAGACGAACAAAGAAGGCUUGUCACAGGGAAGGGGGCAGCGACGGAAGAUGUUCUGGCCAGAGCGACGAUGGCGAUUAUAACUAUACAGCCGACUCCGAUUUCUUUGAUGAUACAGAGGAAGGACAGUCGGAUGAGAGCAAGGGAGAGUCCGGUUUUAGAAAUUCAUUCAGCUAUGGCACAUUGGCAUAUGCAAACUGUGCCGGAGGCUCAUUUUACUCAAGCAUGAGGAUAAAUGCUGACGCUGAGGAUUGGAUUUACUAUAGCAACCGCAAUUCGGAUGAUGGUUCCUCGCAUACGGAGGAUUUCACUGCAUCGGCGUUUGAGCAAUCGCAGUCACAUAGUUCAAGGCGUGGCAUUCUGUCUUGGAGGAAAAGGAAACUGAGUUUCAGGUCUCCUAAAGCAAAGGGUGAGCCAUUGCUAAAGAGGGCUUAUGCUGAAGAAGGUGGAGAUGACAUUGAUUUUGCCCGUCGUCAGCUUAGCUCAGAUGAAUCACUCUCCUUUGGGUGGAGCAAGACAGACGAAGAUUCAUCUGGACAUCGUUCUUCAGUUUCUGAAUUCGGAGAUGACAAUUUUGCUGUUGGCACUUGGGAGCAAAAAGAAAUUAUAAGCCGUGAUGGACAUAUGAAGCUCAAGACCCAGGUUUUCUUUGCUUCUAUCGACCAGCGAAGUGAGCGUGCAGCAGGGGAAAGUGCAUGUACUGCUCUUGUUGCCGUGAUAGCUGAUUGGUUUCAAACCAAUCGUGAUUUGAUGCCCAUCAAAUCCCAGCUUGAUAGCCUGAUCAGAGAUGGAUCACUAGAAUGGAGAAAAUUGUGCGAGAAUGAAAUGUAUCGGGAACAAUUUCCGGACAAGCACUUUGAUCUCGAAACGGUUCUUCAAGCCAAGAUACGCCCUCUUUCUGUGCAUCCUGGGAAGUCAUUCAUUGGGUUUUUCCGUCCAGAAUGUAUGAAAGAGGGAAAGUUCGAUGUUUUUGAUGGUGCGAUGUCCUUUGAUGAUAUCUGGGAAGAGAUCAGCAGCACGGGAUCGCAAACAUGCGAUGAUGAAACUCAGGUGUACAUUGUCAGUUGGAAUGACCAUUUCUUUGUUCUCAAGGUAGAGCCAGAAGCCUACUACAUAAUUGAUACCCUGGGAGAGAGACUCUAUGAGGGUUGCACUCAGGCCUUCAUCUUAAAAUUCGACCACAGCACUAAAAUUCUCAAAUUGCGGCCACCUGUCCAAACAUCUGGCGAUAACACGGCUGAUGAGCAAAACUUGGUUCCUGUGGAACAGAAUAUCCCUGAGACUGAACGAAUCAAGCCCCAAGAGAAUUCGGAAAUGACUGAAGAAGUAAAACUCGAUCCUGGAGAGCCAACUGAAUGUCAUGAGAUGGAAGAGGUCCUAUGCCAGGGGAAGGAGUCGUGUAAGGAGUAUAUUAAGAACUUCUUGGCUGCAAUUCCUAUAAGAGAACUGCAAGACGAUUUAAGGAGAGGUCUGAUUGCGUCAGCACCUCUUCAUCACCGGUUACAGAUUGAAUUGCAAUACACAAAGCUCUUACAAUCGCUGGCCAUAACUCCGGCAGAACAAAUGGUCGAAACAGCACAAACUCUUGCCAGCAGCAGCAGCAGCACAGAUGGCCUCAUGGAGACAUGACUCUGUAGUGUGGUAACCUUAAGCUCAGCUACUACUAACUCGAUUCUGUUAAUAUGCCUUGUGUUAUAAUGUGAAGAGGGUUGACAGUGCAAAAUUUUUGGUUUUGAGAGCAAAGAGGUUGCUCAUGUUUUGGACUUGUACAGAGAGAUCCUUUAAUCCGUCCGUCUGUGUUGAACCCUUGUUUUAGCUUGGCUGAAAGAGGUCUCACGUGAGUAUCCGAACU